UAUUUCCUGCCAGCACCAAUAGUCAAGGCAGGAUCUGUGUUUGCUGGUUUAGAAAAUGCGGAGACUUCUCUGGAAUUGUUCAUAAUUUUUUGUUAUUUGGUGAUCUGAUUCUUCUGGCUGAAUGCUCUUUCGAAUGUCAAUGCGUAUGACCGUAUUAGAGUGAGCCUGCUAGUCGGGAUUUAAGACUGACUAGGUAAACAUGAGCCUGCACGGUGCCAGUGGAAGCUGUGACCGGUCACGAGAUCGCCGCCGCUCCAGUGACCGGUCGCGUGACUCCUCUCAUGAGCGAGGCGAGGGCCAGCUCACACCCUGCAUCCGCAACGUUACCUCUCCCACACGACAACACACUAGUGAGCGAGACGGUGUCUCAUCACGACCCGGAAGCCCCAGGCCUCAGAGGGUCUCCCCAAGCAGCUCCAGCAGUAGCAGCGGGGUGGCGAGCAGCCGGAACAGCAGCCUGUCCAGCUCAGAGGGCACCUUCAAGGGCAUGGGCGUGGGUGAGAUGGUCUUCAUCUACGACAACGUCAAGGAGGGGGCCCGCAGCAUCCGGACAUCGGAGAGGGUCACGCUGAUCGUGGAUAACACACGCUUUGUAGUGGAUCCCUCCAUCUUCACCGCACAGCCCAACACCAUGCUGGGCAGAAUGUUUGGUUCGGGCAGAGAACACAAUUUCACACGACCCAAUGAGAAAGGGGAGUAUGAGGUGGCUGAGGGCAUCAGUUCCACUGUGUUUAGGGCCAUUCUGGAUUACUAUAAAUCUGGAAUAAUCCGCUGCCCUGAUGGAAUCUCCAUUCCUGAGCUGAGGGAAGCAUGUGACUAUCUGUGUAUCUCCUUCGACUACAGCACGAUCAAGUGCAGGGACCUAAGUGCCCUGAUGCAUGAGCUUUCAAACGAUGGUGCAAGGCGGCAGUUUGAGUUUUACCUGGAGGAGAUGGUGUUGCCACUGAUGGUGGCCAGUGCACAGAGCGGCGAGAGAGAGUGCCACAUCGUUGUGCUGACCGAUGAUGACGUGGUGGACUGGGACGAAGAGUACCCGCCCCAGAUGGGAGAGGAAUAUUCACAGAUAAUCUACAGUACAAAACUCUACCGCUUCUUCAAGUACAUUGAAAACCGAGAUGUUGCUAAAUCAGUUUUGAAAGAACGAGGACUAAAGAAAAUUAGACUAGGAAUUGAAGGCUACCCCACAUACAAAGAAAAGGUGAAGAAGCGUCCCGGCGGUAGGCCUGAAGUCAUCUACAACUAUGUCCAAAGACCCUUCAUCCGCAUGUCCUGGGAGAAGGAGGAGGGCAAGAGCCGCCAUGUUGACUUCCAGUGCGUGAAGAGCAAGUCCAUCACCAAUCUGGCGGCGGCGGCUGCGGACAUUCCCCAAGACCAGCUGGUGGUCCUGCAUCCUGGCCCCCAGGUGGAUGAACUGGACAUCCUCCCCAACCACCCUCCCCCGGGCCACCACUACAGCAACAACUACAACAACGAGCCUGACCCUGACGCUGCCUCGCCUGCACUCUGAAUGCAGACACGCCUCCACCCCCACCCCUCCACCCUCAGCAUGCUGCAGCAUGGAGCGAGAGUGACACCAUAACCGGAUUGCCUUCAGCACCUUCUUCACAGCCUUAGAGCCUCAACUAUGUAGUCUACUGUACAAGGAAGAAAAAAAAACAACAAAGAAAUGAUCAUUAAAAAAAAAAAAAAAUACCCAUGAGACUUUAGAAUACGGGCAUGGGCAGUGCUCUCCUCUUUUCUCUUUUUUUACUUGACCAAAGGAAAUUUAUUUUUUUGUUAAAUGUUUGAAAUUAAAUUAGCAACCUCACUUAUUUUGUAAUUGGGCCUGUUGUUUAUUUUUCAUUAUAUUCCAACUACUAUGGUUUGUAUCAGAGUGUAUCUUAUUUGAGAGGUUUGGGAUGUGACCUGGGUGGUGCCACUGUGUUAUUAAUAUAUUAUUAUUAGUUUUAUUUUGUUCUCUUCAGAUGGAAGCUCUCCCUUAAUCCCAGUUUGAGAAUGUUCCGCAAGACUCCUUUGCACCACACAACCAAAGGAGUUAUUUUUGCCUGCUGUAUGAAUACAGUGUUUAGUUCUUUUUUCCAUGGCAGGACAUGCAUUUGUGGUCAGGAAUCCUCUGUUCAGAGCUUGAGAAUCAUUAUAUAAAUAAAGUUGUAAAACACCA